UUUUUCGUGCAAUAAAUGUAAACAAACAAAUAAAAUCCCCCACUCACACAGUCACACUCAGCCUCACCAACUCACUCCCUCACUCAAACUCAAUAACCCCAAACCCGAAAUGCUAAGCGCAACAACUCGCCCACUCUUCACCACUCCCACCACCCACUUCGCCACCACUCGCCACCCUCUCCUCCGCCGCAUCUCCCUCCCCACCACCACCCGCACCACCUUCACAACCCGCGCCACAAUGUCCACCACCACCACAACCAUCGAACACAUCGUCCUCUUCAACGUCAAACCCACCGCAGACACCACCCAACUCUCCGCCAUGCUAAACGGUCUCAACUCCCUCUCAACCCUCCCACAAGUCCUCCAUCUCUCCGCCGGUAAACUCCACCGCUACCGCUCCUCCUCCCUCUCCUUCACCCACAUCCUCCACUCUCGUUACCGCUCUAAACAAGAUCUCGCCGACUACUCCGCUCACCCUGAUCAUCUCUCCGUUGUUCGAACCAGCGUUUUGCCCAUUUGCGACGAUCUCAUGGCCGUAGAUUGGGUCGCCGAGAAUCUCGAGGGUCCGGUUGGGGUUAAGCCUGGUUCCGCCAUUAGAGUUCAGUUGAUUAAGCUUAAAGAAGGGGUUGAGGAGGAGAAGAAGGGGGAAGUUGUUGAAAUGAUUGGGAGAUUGAAGGGGAAGAUUAAGGGGAUUGAGCAGUCUUCUAUUGGGGAGAAUUUUUCGCCGGCGAGAGCUAAAGGGUUUGAGAUUUGCUCAAUUGGGGUUUUUGGUGGGGUUGCUGAUUUGGAUUCUCAUGAUGCUGAUUCUGAUCCUUUUAAUGAGAAGCAUAAGGUUAGGGAUUCUGUUGAUUCUCUUGUUAUUGUUGAUUAUGUUGUUCCUUCGAAACAAUCCGCUAGUCUUUGAUUCAUGAUCAUCUUGUAGUUUCAUUGUUUGUUGUAUGGGAUUAAUAAUCAUCAAUUUGAUCAUGUAUUGGUAGCAUACUUGUUGGUUAAUGUGAUUUUGUUAAGUGAAUAAGACAUUGGAUAAUCCAAAUUUGAUGGCUAAUUAAUGAUGGGAAUUAUCAUAUUGA